AAAGCACAUCAAAAGCCACCAAAGGCGCGCAAGUGUAAAAACAUUCAUGUGUGUAAGGAAAGGAAGGGAAGCGAGAAGUGAAGCAAAGUGAAGUGAAGACGAUUCCGAUCUAAAUUGCGUAAAAUAUUCACGCACAACAAUUCACACGAAGAACAUCAACAAAACGUAGCAUACUUUUUGGAGCACCCGCAGGGGGAUUGCCCAGCGAUGAAGCUCACAAUUGUGCAACAACAACAACAAUAACAGCAGUUCAGUCGCCUCUUUGGUGUUGACAUUUCUUCUCAACUCCAACUUUGGCAGCAAAGGCAAACCGAGAAACGGCAGUUAUUAAUUACUCACUUGUAACAAAAUGACAACCGAGACCUAUCUGGAUUCGACCUACGAACGAGCUAAAGGCUCAAAGCGGCCUAUUCGACCAAAGUUAUUAAAGUUAACAGAUGUUUCUAUUCCACAUCGGAGCCGGAAGAAAACCAAAGUCAAGUCAAAAGACCGUUCAUCCACCUCCGUGCGCGAGCGCAUCUAUGAUGAUCCGGCCUACACAGACGACAUCAGCCAUCUGGCCAAUCCGUUGCGUCGCAGCAGUUGCUCUGGAAAACCGACAACUGCAGAACAUAAGGGGGGCCUAGGACGAGCAGAUGCCCCGCUUCAAACGGGCAGCAGUUCACUGGGAAAACGAAGCAAAUUGACCAGAGAGUUCCUGCAGUAUGCGGCCAGCAAGCAGAAUAAGUUGAAGAGUGCCAGCAGCGGUCAAGCGGGGGGCAGUUUGGCCUACGACUUCGAUUCCAGCAGCUCGGACAAUGAGCCACUGGAGCUAAGCAAGGGGGGCAGUAUGACGCGUCGUGGCCGCAGCUUAGAGCGCACCAUGGCGGCAGCAACAGAGAAAAGCGAGAAAAAGACAACGUCGCAGAAACGCAGUUCAAAGCAGAAACGCAACCUGAGUCUGGACAACAAUAAGCAGCAACAGCUGCUGACAUCUAAGCAAAUGAACGAAUACGAGACGUGUGGUCGCAAGGAACGCAACCGAAAGCAAUACAGCGAGGGCAGCGAAGCCAUGGAGCGCUGGCAACUGGACCAGGAGCAUGAUGACAAGUAUUCGGUGCGCAGCUCGGCCCAGGACUCGGUCGCUACAAUGUCUGUCUUGGGCAGUGAGGUCAGUAGUGGAGGUGGUGCAAAGAUGCCCAUUGGUCGUCGGUUCCUGCGCGGUGAAAUCGGCAUCAAAAGCUUCAAUUACUAUCUGCUGAAGGAGGGCUUAAAGAGCUCUAAGAAAUUCGUUGAGAAGCAGCGCAGCGGUAGCAAAAAAUUGCACACACGCAGCGAGGAGAAUAUUUACGAAGAGAUUUUUUUCAAGGAUACGCCAGGAUCAGCGACGGACGCCGCAUCAGCAGCGCCGAUAGUUGUGCACUCCGAUGAGGAAAAUCAAAACGUCCAGCACAAACAACACCAACCCUCCCAGUGCAGUGAAGGAGGCGCUGUCUAUGCGGACUGCGAGCUGUGCAUGCAACAAUGUAGCAAGGAUAAUUGCGAGUAUUGUCUAACGCAGAACGAGGCACACGCCAAACACCCGCCACAACUGCCACAGCGACAACAACAACAGCAGCAGCAAUAUAAUCCCAUAUUGCAGUUCCAACAGAGCUCGGCCAACAAUGCCGCAUCCACCUCGAAUGCGAACACGACCACGCCCAGUGAAAAGCAUCAACAACAUCAGCAACAAAUCUAUAGCGGUUACUACCAGACUCCGCCGAAGGCCUACCCGUUGACAAAUCAUUAUGCCGUGGGUGGCGGCCUGUUACUAACACAACAACAACAGCAACAACAGCAAUACUUUGUCAACUAUCAGAACGGUGCAGGCGGAGCUCCUAUGCAGCGUAUGAACACCAAGUCCUCAUCGUCCAGCGACUCGUUGCAGUACCACAAAUACAACACCAUGGCACGACUGGAGGCGAGCGUAUUCACCGCUCCAGGCACUGGCGACCUCUACUAUGCCAUCGGCCAUGCCGGUGCUCCUUUGCAUCCGCUAAUGUACGCGGCCAGUCGGCCCAUCGGCGGCUCCCAAAUACUCGUCGAUCCAUACGAGCCGCCCCAAAUGUACAAGAGCGAUUCCAAGGCCUCGAUCCUGAGUGAGUAUUCAUUACGAAGCAGCGACAACUCACAGCGCUACGCUCGCUAUCAGCAUCGUCAUGGUAUUGGUGGUGGAGGUGGUCGGUACGGAGGACAGGUGAGCGAUUCCAGUCUGGGCGAUUCUUUGUUCUCCUCGUACUCAAAUGCAGGACAACGCCGGUAUUUCGGCAGCACGGAAAGCUGUCGGUUCGGCUAUGAUUGCCGCCGUUGCAGUCUAGAUGGUGUAAUGGGUGGAGGCACCACUUCAAUGGCCAACACAGCACCGACGCCAGCGGCUGCUGAGAAAUGCAGCUACUCGGACAAUUGUCGCUACGAAUGUCAAAACUGCGACUGCUCCUCCAGCUACUUCAGUUCCGACUUUGACGACAUGUACGGAUCGUUGGCUCGGGGAGGUAGUAGUGGCAUCCCACGCAAAACAGCAGCAGGGACACUGCCUUCGAGCACUCAGCCACAGGGUUAUGAGUCGCAGCCAGCCGCAGGCCAGCAACAGCAAACCCAGAUGGAUCUUAAGCAGAACAAGUACGCGCAGGAUUUUUUCAAGCAUGUUAAUGACGUAAAACGCAGCAUAUACCAAUCUGAAAUGCAGCGCAAUAAUAGCCUGGAGUCGGCGCGACGCACUCACCGAGCAAUUCAAUCCAAAGGCAGCCCUAAACGAGCUGCCUCCCAAGAACCAAUGCCAACAUCCACGCCAGUUAUUACUACGCUGCCACUUAGUAAGGGACGUCCGGCAGCCACCUCUGCUGUCAAACCAACACCGGCACCACGCACUACCCUGCAGCAGAAUACGGAGGACAGCGUGACCACCAGCAGCAGUAUGCCAAAGCCCAGUCAGCGCAAGCCUCAGCCAAGCGAGCGACGAGAGUAUCCUUCACUUGAUCGCCUUGUUGCAACCACCACGGGCGCCAUACCCAAGAGCCAUGCCCAAACACAGCUUCCCAAAAGUCCAAAGACUAAGUCAAAGCAAAAGGAAUCUGACGCGCAAGAUCGACGCUCCCAUCACCUUAACGUUAGCGAACACACAUCCGCGUCCAGCAAGCGCCAACAUCGUAGUGGCAGCAGUAAAGCUCAUGCGACUGGCAGCGGUGGAUCGGGCGGCUCCGUCCCCAGCACACGUCGUAAAGAUAUACCAGCACCGCCGCCCCCAUCGCCAGCUACUUACUCCGAUCUGCAGGAGCUUAAGGCCAACAUGGAGGGACUGCAGGACGACACCAAGUCGCGUUCACUGGAGAGCGAAACCUGCGAGACACCCACCGCGGCAGAUCUAGCCAAGACCAAGCAGAAUGCGACGAUUGUUAAGUCACUGCCAGACAUCCCUACGAGCACACAUGAUACCGUCACCACCACAGCCACAGAAGUGGUGAGCAGCCACACAGACAUACGAGUAGCCAUCAAGAGUGCAACAACAGCAAAAACCACUGUGGCAACGGAUGCGGAGGACGACGAUGUCUUUUACGAUGCACGCAGCGAGGACUCCGCCGGCGGAAUUGUGGGUUCUGCAGCCACAAUGUCGGGAGCCGAGGGUGUCAAGGCAAGCGACGCGCAUCAACGUCAGCUGCAACAACGCAAGGAUGGACACAAUGCACAGAAGCUGUCACAGCCACCCCUAACAACAAAUACACCAGCAGUGGCAAGCGCAACAACACCAACUACAACAACAACAACAGCAGCAGCCACGUUGGCCCCCAACAAUACCACGACAAUGACCAAGGCUAACGGGCAACCCAAGGCCACAGUAGCGGAGCACAAACAACAACAGAAAGAGGAAACUGAUGUUGCCGAUGCCACGCCCACAAUCGAGGCGGAUGUACCAUGCGACAAAACGUCCGGCAACUCCAGCAAGUUGCCACGAAAUGGCAAGAACGAUGAGAUGUCGCAUACCAAACAGUUGAAAAAAAGUAAAACCAAGAAAGAUUUUGCAACGGGAAGCUCGACAGCUGGCAACAAAGUUGCUGCAACUAGCGAUACAUGUUUCCAGGCCGAACGUGACGAAGCAACAGUCAAAACAAACAGCGAAAGAGCGACCAAAACAAAACCGGAAAGCGCCACAACCACAACACCAACGUCUGCGUCAACGCCAACAACCGGCAAUGUUGCUGCAACAUGUGCGGAGGGGCAACAAAUCAUAGCAGCACCAACGGCAUCAACACCACCAAAUGUUGCUAGCAACGACGACAGCAGUUCAACAACACUCACCAAUGCUAUUCAAGUUGGUGAAUUGGAAUUGGAGUGCUCGACCAGCAAUGCGGAGUUCAGUUGCAAGUCGGACAACGCGCACAGCGCACAGAUCGCGCACAGUGCAACCAGCAUACCAACAACAACAACGACAACAACAGCAGUUGCAUCAUCUACGGCCUCAUCUCAAUCAAAGCCGCUGACGCGUCAGGACUACGCCUGCCUCGACUCCAGUGAGGCGCAGUCGGAUGAUAGUCACUUGACGCGUGAUUCGGUGACACGCGAAUCCCAGAACGACGAACUAUCCUCAUCCACCCACGAUAAGAUUGAUGUAAGCAGCUUGCCUCUGCCAGCCUUACCCCCAAAGCGUAGACGCACACGCUCCCGCGCCAGUCCCUCAAAAGCCCAUCAACAACAGCAGCGGCAACAGCAGCAGCGACAUGAAAGCGUUGAGCCUGACAACGAGUCUGCAGCAGCAGGAGCACCAGGAGCGGCCGGAGGAGCAGCUGAACAGCAAACACGCAAGUCUAAAUCCAUCAAGGAUGCCAACAAAUCAGAGCUAAGCCCAUCAACUCAACAACAACAACAACAACAGCAGCAGCAGCAACAACAACAACAGUCCAAACAUAAGCAACACUUGUCAGCCUUCGAGCAGUACGUCGCAAAGCGACGCGAAAGUUUAGAGGCCUCCACGCGCAGCUUCAACGAAAAGCUGGAGGCGCGUAGAAUGCACUACCACAUGGACGGUGGGAGCGGCGCGAGUGGUGGUAGCGGUGGUGCAGCGUCCUCUGUGCCAACCGGUGGGGUGCCAACCUAUCUCUUUGGCGAGCACUACUACGGCCUGCCUGGCACACAACGGAAAUCGACUUCGCCGGCCGCUAACAAGGAGGAGAUCUAUCUUAACAAGUCCGGCUGGGUGCAAGUGAACACCAAACGUAGCAGCGCCAACGAUGAGAAUCGAGGUGGGUAUCGACGCCUUCACUUUGCACAGCAAAAUGGAGGGGCCAUGCUCGACAAUGGACUUCGCAGCAACAUGAGAGUGCUGCAACUUGAUCAGUCACGUCGAACGGAUUUCGGUCCACCGCGUCUGCAACAUCAACAUAGUAUCAUGGAGCCGGCCUCCACCUAUGGUGCGCCCAAAUUUGUCGGCUCUAAGGUGGAGGAGCUGAUACAACGCAAUGAGGCCCGCCUUAGUGGUGGGAUUACUGCACGCGACCCGGCGCUGCGGCCUGGCUACCGAAUCAUUGACCCCCAGCUGGCCAGCAUACUUAAUGAGCGACCGGGCUUUUUGCCUGUAAAAAGCCUAAACGACUUGGAGUCGCCGCCACCAAUCACACCCAUACUCUCACCACCACCCGCUUUCCAGGACAACUCUCGAUCCACGCGUCAUCUAGAGAGACGCAAGCCCAGUCGCCAGAGCCAGCCCAUGCCAUCUUCGCAGCUCAUCUCAGUGCAGCAGCAUCACGUUCCCAAUGGUGGCUCUGUGGUGGUGGGUGGUGGCAAGGGUAUGGUCUUCUCGCGCAGCUUUGAGUAUGAUACACGCCGACCUACGCCCACCGACAACUACGUGGAAACCUUCUCGCGCAGCUUUGACGGCAAUCUUUCAGAACGUCCGCCCUUACCGCCGCUGGCCGUGCAGCGCGAGCGUUCGCCCAACUUCAGCACGCUGACGGGUAACUCUCCAAACUAUUUGACAAAGCGCGAAUCCGGCGGCGGCAGCAGCGGCUCGUUACGCAGUCGCGACAACUCGCCGAAAUAUUUGCACCCACAGACCACGGCGUACUUGAAUGCAUCCGUGAAAGAAGCACCGCCUGCCUAUAGUGUGGCCAGCGCAAGUACAGGUCAGCCAUCCAGCGUUAAGUUUUCGCCGCGUGCGCGCAACGAGCGCGCAUUUGAGCGCUCUAAGAGCCACAAUGUGCUCGGCAGAUCCCGCAAAUCUCAGUUUAGUCGCAUGGGCAGUGGCGUGGGUGGUGGUGUCUCUGGAGGGGCAUCAAUGCCUCCCAGCUCCUUGGCCAUGUCCCGCUUCCGCAGCUUCGAUACAACAAUGAGCCAGCGUCUCAACUCCUGUGACAGCGGUGCCCGGUCUGAUCUUUCCAACGAUGAGUUGGACAACGAGGACGACGAUGAUGGUGGCUCAACGGAAUUUUUAUCGGCUAGCAACUAUCAGUAUCCUAAUGCCAGUACGACGACUGUAAGCAUCUCACCAUUUAAAGCGCAACGCCAACGCUCUCUUACACCCGAUCGCAACGAGUCGCAUAGCUCGUCGAGUAGCUUGCGAAAGCAGCGCUCCCUUACUCCAGAGUCGCGUUCGUUGACGCCCGAAGAGCGACGCAAAAAGGGCUCCCAGCUGUCGCUGAUGGGCUCGCGUCAGAACUCGAGUUCGCGUAACAACACUCUGGAGCGACGACAGCGCCAUGACGACAAGACGCCGCCCAACAUCUCGCGCAGCUCAUCGAGCUCGAGCUACAGCGGUGGGGAGUGCCAUGAGCCUCUCAAUGGCACUGGAGCUACACCAGCGGCAGUUGUGGCUACGAAUGCCACCACACAUCGAAGAGCCGUAGCGCGUAGUGCAGCAAAGCAGGCAGAGCAGGAGCAUCGCAUUAGGCGCUCCAGAUCCUUGCAGUUGAGCGAGCGCUCCCCAAAUCGCGCUCACAAGUCUAUUGUCUGUGUGGGUGUGGGUGGUUCUGCCAAUCAGCAGCAACCACUUUCGCAGCAAUCGCUGACAGCACAACCUGCACCCAUGUAUCAACAGUCACGUCUCGCAGCCUCAAAUGCAGGCGGUUUUGUGCCAAACAUGCGCAACACAGGCGCUAGUGGUGGCGGGGGAACAGUCAAGGUUCCGAAUAAUUCCAAUGGGCUGAAUUCUGGGGCAUCCACUUCCGCUCGCCUCCGGCAAAGUGACGUGGACAAGAGUCGUUCCUUUGACUUUGAUUACAACAACUACAAUCGGAGUGGUGCCGCUCGCUCGGCCCAUAACAGCGGCAGUGGUGGCGACAGCGGUAGUAAUCAGAAUCUACGACUAGACUUUGACAAGAGCCGCUCAUUUGACGAGGAUUAUCGCGAAGCUUUGCUUAAUAACAAUAAUAGUACGGGCAACAGCUCGGGCGGACUACGGUACUUGCAUGCCCACAGCGAUUCAACACCCAUUAUGGCCAGCUCUAGUUCCAAUUCAUCGCGUUUGCGUAAGUCCAGUUCUCCCGUAAAUGCGACCCACGAACGCAAUGCCACACGCUCGCCGCAGUCUUCGGGGUCCUCAUCAAACAAUCUUCAUUUGCCGGCACGCCAGACAAGCAGUCCUCAGAGCUACGGGACGCGCUUGUGUGAUCACGAGCUGACCUACGACAUGCUCCGUAAAUCGCUGGACCGUUCACCUAUCAUCAUGAACUUUAGACGCGGCGACAGCAGCGACUACGAGCUUCCCAUGGUUCUGCGCAAUCGUGAGACCAUCAACUCUGGAGGCAACAGCGAGUUGAAUUUCAUGAGCAAUGAGACGCGCAUUUACGAACAUCCGACCACGGUGUUGAAACCUCAGAGAUCGCUGCGUCAAAGUCCUGGCUCUCGUGACGAUCUAACGCUGGAGGUUUCUGUGGGCGUGGGUGGAGAUUACAUAUACAGACAGGCAACAUCCACAGGCGGCCCAUCAAGUGGUUCGCGCGGUGGUGGUGGCAGCGUCGGUGGAGGCUCAAGCAGCCGCAGCAGCAGGUACUAA